UUCCAGAGUCCUCACACAACACGAUCGCUCCCACUCGAGUGGCCAUGCUCCAACUCGCCCCCACCCCGCGGCCGCCGUCGCCGGCGGCCGCUGGCCGGCGUAGGCCCCGUCACUCCACCUCCAUCGCAUGCAUCUGCUGCUCGAGCGUGCACGAGCUGGAGCGGUCCCCGAGCCCGCGCCCGGGCGCGUCGUCGCUGCCGCCGCUGCAGGAGGCGAAGCGGGUGGUGCUGGUGCGGCACGGCCAGAGCACGUGGAACGCCGAGGGCCGCAUCCAGGGGAGCUCCGACCUCUCCGUGCUCACGCCCAAGGGGGAGUCCCAGGCCGAGACCUCCCGCCAGAUGCUCCUCUCCGACUCCUUCGACGCCUGCUUCACCAGCCCGCUGGCGCGCUCCCGCCGCACCGCCGAGAUCAUCUGGGAGGGGCGUCACGACCACCUCAUCCCGGACUCCGACCUCCGAGAGAUCGAUCUCUACUCGUUCCAGGGACUGCUCAAGCAUGAAGGGAAGGAGAGGUACGGGGUUCUGUACCGGCAGUGGCAGAAGAAUGCAGCCAACUUCAGCAUUGACGGCCACUACCCGGUGCAGGAGUUGUGGGGCCGCGCACAGAACUGCUGGGAGAGGAUUUUAGCACACCAGGGCAAGUCAGUGCUUGUGGUUGCGCACAAUGCAGUGAAUCAGGCACUUGUUGCCACCUCUUUGGGACUUGGUGCGGAGUACUUUCGGGUUUUGCUCCAGAGUAAUUGUGGUGUCAGUGUGCUGGACUUCACCCCACAGACUGCUGGAGGUCCUCCUAGUGUUUGUCUUAACCGCUUAAAUCAGACCCCAAAUUCUCCUGUUGCUGGGGGAAGUUCUGCUGGAAGAAAGACAAGCAAGAGGAUCAUUCUGGCCUGUCAAGGGGCUACACAAAGCAGUUCUGAGAUUAGCUUAGGUGGAAUGGGAUAUGCACCGCUGAACAUGCUUGGGACUAUACAGUCUCAGAAGACUGCAGAACUACUACUGGAUUUGAAGGUCAACGGCAUUAUCUGUAGCCCACAAGUUGCAGCUGUUGAUACUGCAACUGUUAUAUGUGAGGUCCAAGAGGCUGCAGAUUGCUUAGGUGCUGAUUGUGUACCUCGUUACGUAGAAAUGAAAAGGUUGAUAGAACUUGAAAUUGAAGAUGCCUUUCAAGCAAAGCAGAAGAGCUUUGGGGAAAUAGUUCGAUCUGGUUGGUUGAGCGGCAUGGAAUACAAAUUACUGGAGCGACUAUGGGCUCAGUCCAAGAAUGCAUGGCAGGCACUGCUAAAUGAAUUACCAGAUGAUACAUCAGAACAUGUCCUUGUGGCCGUAGGUCAUCCUGCCAUUCACCUAGCUCUAAUCUGCCGGUGUCUUGAUUUGCCAAUGGAGUACGUGUCGUCUUUUCACCUGGACGAUGGCAGCAUCAGUGUGAUGGAUUUCCCAGAUGGGCCGAAAGGAAGAGGUAUCAUCAGAUGCAUAAACUACACAGCCCAUCUGGGAAGAUGGUCAAUACCCAUUACAAGGCCAAUGGAGAACGAUGAAGAAUUCUAACAUGGUAAUUAACCCUCUGUAUAGCAUCCUUCAGAAACACAUCUCAUGAGUAAAUACCUCAUACUGCUGUACAUAUAAUUUUGAUCUCAACAUCGCAAUAUUUAUGUACAUAAAAAGUAUAUUUAUUAUCCA